UAUUGUAAUAUAAUAUAAUUCUGGCUAAAAUAUACAAUGGAGACUAAGCGACCAAAUAUUGACCCACAAAGUGACGACGAGGCAAGAAUGAAGGUUAUUUAUGUUGAUAUCAGAAGCCUUAAGUUCAUCAAUCCUCUUAUGCAAGAGAUCAUCCCCAUUACAACCAUGAAGAAGUACACCCCUUACUACCAGAUCAACUUCAACGAGGAGCUUCUGAGCAAACUUGAAGAUGAUGUGAAGGUCACUCCUGAAAAGAUGAUCUACGCUUACUGCAACAUGCUCAUUCAUAAGGUGUGUCCCUGUGAUCAGUACCUCAAAGAGGAAACAAAGUUUAUGUACGAGAAGUCUUUGGCUAUGUUUGAGGGCUUCCGGAAAGAAAUUGAAGGCAAAGACCUGCUCGAGGCCUACUACCAGCUUGACAAGUUGCAUGACUACAUCCACCAGAUCCCACAGACGACUCGAUUCCAGUCAAAACUGCAGGAGAUGAUCGUUGAGAUCACGAAUGUGAUAUCAGCCAAUCAACAAAAGGAGAUUUUCUGCUUCGAUGUUACCGAAGAGUUCAAGUUUUCUGAUGAACAGAGCCAGCCUUUCCUCGAAGCUGCUGAGGAAGAGGAGAAUUUCGAAGAAAACAAGUACGAAGGCUACCAGAAGCUUGAAGACGAGCCUGUCAAUCAAAAACCUAUCAGAUCUUUCAAGUUUCCUAAAAAGAAGAUUGUGAACUUAAAUCCUCAAAAUAAAUUUAUAGCUCAGAGAAGAAAUGCAAAGAAGCUAGAAGCGUUCUUUGACAAAGUUUUUGCAGCUCUCUUCCCGAUCUUAACAACAAGUUGGUAUAUCUGUAGAACAUACCUGUUCCCACAUUUAGUGGCAUUAGCUUUCUACUCUGGCAAGAAGUUGGUAAAUAAGAUAAAAUCUAUGGAAUUCUGGCAAAAUGUUAAGCACAAAUGUUAUGCUUUCUUCACAAGAGUUAAGACUAUUGCGAUAGAUACAAAGGAAAUGUAUCUCCCAGAGCUGUUUGCUAGCACUAAAGCUGCAGCAAUCAAAUUUUGGAAUGAAGACUUUGAAGAAUAUGUAAAUCAUGCUCAGAUUAAACAGAUUGCCAUUAAAAUCCUUGCAAUCGUUGCUCAACUAAUUUUGUUCCUAUUCAUUCUUGUCUUGCUCUUCGGAUUUAUAUUUGACUUGAGUCCAAAGGUAGCUCCAGAGUCUGUAACUCAGCAAGUAACAACCCAAUCUGGAGAGGGUAAGACAGUAGACUACAAAUUAUUAUACAUCCAAGAGAAUGCUGAGAAGUUCUACAACCAAGUCAAAAAUCUAGAGGACCAAAAAGAUGACUACAUAAAAGAUCUCAAGCACAUCAAGACUGAGCUUGAAUGGGUCUACCAUAAACUACACAAGCGUGAAAGGAGAGGAGAAAAGCUGACUGCUUCUGACUGGAAAGAUCUUUCUCAAAGUAUUGAUAAAGCUCUGAAUAAGUAUUCUCAUGAGUAA